AUGCCCGAACCACCGAUGGACCGUGCCGGUUCUCCCCACGGCUCCGAAUACUCCCAACACUCCCGUCACACAAUGGAAGGCGUCCCGCGUUCCUACCCUUCACCCAGUGCCAUGGUCGGCGCUCCGAUGCAGAUGCAGAUGCCUGUCUCCCACAUGGGACCCGGCCCUGUAAUCCUGCCCGGAAUCCCUCAGCAUGAUAUGUCUCAGGGCAUGCCUCAAUACAGGGCACCCGAGCAGCAGGCACCUCAGCAGCCCACCAAGGCUUAUCCGUGCAGCACAUGCGGCAAGGGCUUUGCCCGCCGAAGUGAUCUUGCCCGUCACGAACGCAUCCACAGUGGAAUCCGCCCUCACGUUUGCGACUUCCCCAAUUGCGGAAAGCAGUUCAUCCAGCGAUCUGCUCUCACUGUCCAUCAGCGAGUCCACACCGGAGAGAAGCCUCACAUGUGUGAGCGCUGUGGCAAGCCUUUCAGCGACAGCAGUUCUCUGGCCCGCCACCGUCGUAUCCACUCCGGCAAGCGUCCGUACAAGUGCCCGUAUGCCGAUUGUCAGAAGACGUUCACUCGCCGUACCACCCUGACCAGACAUCAAAACCACCACACUGGUACAGUAGAGGAGGCCGCUGCGGCUACCGCUGCUGCUCUGGCGGCUCGUGGAGCCACUGGCAAGCCGAACACGACUCGUUCUGACGGCGAUGCCAUGUCCAACCGUGGAUCGCCUCUUACCACGCCUUCGCCUGGCCAGCGCACCCUUUCGAUGUCCCCCAGUGCCGACAGCAUGCACCGUGCCAACUCCGAGUUCCAGUACAUGGGCAAUAGCUCACUCCCGGUUCACCUUCAGCGAGACAUGCAUGUUGGCAGCCCGGCAUCGACAUCUUCUGGAGGUUACAACACUGGUAUGCGACCUACCUCGCACCCCACCAGCUAUGGACCGCCUCCGACACUCGAGCCCAGCGUCGAGCAGCACUCUGGCCCCGGCAGUGCUGGCGGUAGCCCUCACAUGGGUUCCGUCGGAUGGCAGUCUCCAUCGCACGUGCCGUCGCCCUCGCACAGCAGCAACGGUGGUGGCUACACCUACCCUGAUCCCGAUGCCUACCCCUCUGCGCCUUCGCUUGGUGGUCAGAUGUUUUACGGCAACCCAGCUCAGGUCCGCCGCCCUCAGAGCACUGAGCCCCCUGCUGGAGCCUAUGAUAUUAAGGGCCGUCAAGGCGAGCUGUGGGCAGGUGCUCACUAG